AUCACUGUGAGCCUGUCAAUCACCGGGCCUCCCGGUGGCGAGGGGCGGACCGAGUCCCAACCCCGGGGGAUCCGAGCAGGUAUAUAAGGGACCCGGCGAGCGCCUGGCCAGACUGCGAAUGCGGCCAGCUCGAGACAACGCAUCAGGUGCGACUAGCCUGCGGGUUCCUGCCGACUUGGCGCGGAGCACUUUGGCAAGCCUGCCCUUCCCGCCUGACCCGCCGGCCCCCCGGCCCCCAAGCGCCCCUCCGACGGAGUCCCCAGGUCUUUUCACCGUGGCCGCUCCAGCCCCGGGAGCGCCUUCUCCUCCCGCCACUCUGGCGCACCUUCUUCCCGCCCCGGCCAUGUACAGCUUGCUGGAGACCGAGCUCAAGAACCCCGUGGGGCCACCCACCCCAGCGGCAGGCGCGGGCGGCCCCGCAGCCCCCGGCGGCGCAGGCAAGAGCGGCGCGAACGCAGCCGGCGGAGCGAACGCAGGCGGCGGCAACGGCGGGGGUUCGAGUGGCGGGGGCGGGGGCAGCGACCAGGACCGCGUGAAGCGGCCCAUGAACGCCUUCAUGGUGUGGUCCCGUGGGCAGCGGCGCAAGAUGGCCCUGGAGAACCCCAAGAUGCACAACUCCGAGAUCAGCAAGCGCUUGGGCGCCGACUGGAAACUGCUGACCGACGCCGAGAAGCGGCCGUUCAUCGACGAGGCCAAGCGACUGCGCGCCGUGCACAUGAAAGAGUACCCGGACUACAAGUACCGGCCGCGCCGCAAGACCAAGACGCUGCUCAAGAAGGACAAGUACUCCCUGCCCGGAGGCCUGCUGCCCCCCGGCGCCGCCGCCGCCGCCGCGGCCGCCGCCGCCGCGGCCGCCGCCAGCAGCCCGGUGGGCGUGGGCCAGCGCCUGGACACGUACACACACGUGAACGGCUGGGCCAACGGCGCGUACUCGCUGGUGCAGGAGCAGCUGGGCUACGCGCAGCCCGCUACCAUGAGCAGCCCGCCGCCGCCGCCCGCGCUGCCGCAGAUGCACCGCUACGACAUGGCCGGCCUGCAGUACAGCCCCAUGAUGCCGCCCGGCGCCCAGAGCUACAUGAACGCCGCCGCCGCCGCCGCCGCCGCCUCGGGCUACGGGGGCAUGGCGCCCUCGGCCGCCGCCGCCGCGGCCGCCGCCUACGGGCAGCAGCCCGCCACCGCCGCCGCCGCGGCCGCCGCCGCGGCCGCCAUGAGCCUGGGCCCCAUGGGCACGGUGGUGAAGACCGAACCCAGCUCGCCGCCGCCCGCCAUCACGUCGCACUCGCAGCGUGCGUGCCUCGGCGACCUGCGCGACAUGAUCAGCAUGUACCUGCCACCCGGAGGGGACGCGGCUGACGCCGCUUCGCCGCUGCCCGGCGGCCGCCUGCACAGCGUUCACCAGCACUACCAGGGCGCUGGGACUGCCGUCAACGGAACGGUGCCGCUGACCCACAUCUGAGCGCCCGCCUGCGCGCGCCGCCCCUCCGCCCCCAUCCCGCCCCGCACCCCCGAGUUGGGACGCCUUGUUGUUUAGCUUUGCUUGCCUGGGACCGUUGCCUUGUACCGAUGAUGGGGAGGACAGAAAGUUUUGCCGUAGCUGUCGGGUUUUGUACAAAAGCGAAAAGUCCGGAGCAGCGGAAGUGGGACUUUCUAGAGCUCGCCUGCCCCUCGCCGCUGCCCCUCCCUCCCCUUUUGUAGGCUGGGAAUCGCUGUGAUGUUUGCAGAGAAAAAGCAGCCCCCCCCCCUCCUCCUCCUCCCGGGUUCCUGGGUUUUUCUGUUGCAUUUGAAAAUGUUGUCUCGUUAGUUUGCUGUUAGCCGAGGAGUGAGUGAAUAGGAGAAGCGUACUCUCGGGUGAGGCUGGCCUGAGAACUGCAACGUCUCCUCCCCCUGUCGCGUUGUAGCGGUUUUCCUGGUGGGUUCUUGCGGGGAGGGGGGGGGCGCUGACCGCGCGGAGUGGCGCGGCAGCCGAGGCCGAUGUUAAUUUAUAGCCGGGUGUGCGUGUGUCUCCCGCCUCGCCGCCCCUGGCCGCGGGACAGCUUCUGUCCAGUCCGCAUUUAGGCUGUUGAGUUGGUGAUUUCUGCCGUGAUCUGUUUGAUAUUUCGUCGCGCUAAUGUAUUCACUUUUCGUUUGGGUGGUGGGGAAGGGGGUAUUUUGUUUCAGGUUUUUCAAGGUUUUACUCUUAAUUCCUAAAUGAGAGAUCAAUAAAUUUUAUAACCAA